CGAUGAGCGAUGACCGUCGAUGUCAUCGGAUGCAUCGGAUGUCAUUUGUCGACGAAAACUUGAUCGCAGAGAAUCGGACCAUAUCUCUUGCUCUUGGAGAUAUCGACGAGAUAACUUGAACACUCAGGCAUCAGCAUGCAUCAGGCAUCAUUGGGACGUUAGGCACAAUUAGUCUCGUUACCGCGGAUCGUCUCGCACCUCUCCGCACCAUGUCAAACUCUCCCCGUUCAUCCUCGACGGCGACCCGUAACGACACCCCCAAGGACAUGCACCCAGAGGAAGAAGAGAAACGAGCCUUCCUGACCAAACACCUCAACGGGCGGGUCUACCCUUAUGCCAUCGGAGGGCAUACGGAGAGGCAUGGGAUCUUGAGCAAGGGGAAGCCCGGAAAGAAGGAUAGGAAGACGCUGGGGAUGCAUUAUGUCAAGACGUUGGGCAUGUUGACGAUCUUGUUAUGGGCUUGUCUGAGUAUCUUUUGGGGCUCGACGUACCAACUCCUCAAAUACUUUUCCCGCCUGACCGUCAACGUCUACGACUUUGACUCCCUCAACGCAAGUUCCUUGGGUAUAACCCCCAUCCUCGGCCCCGCAUACACUUCCUACGCCCGUCAAUCCAACUCUCUCCCGCUUUCUACGCCGCACGUCGGGUACAACAUUAUCGACGUCUCCCAAGGGUAUCCUAACGGGGUGUGGGACGCCAGGGACGACGUGUUGAAGAAGAAGUGUUGGGCGGCGAUCGUCAUUCACGGGAACGCGACGAGUAGUUGGAGAGACGCUGUACAGACUGGCGAUGCGGCGUAUGACCCGCAGGGCAGCGUGGGGAUUUAUUACGAGGGGGCUAGGUAUUACCAGAUCGUGCUUCUCUACUUGAGACCGUUCUUGAUCAAAGACACCUCCACCGUCCUCUCCACCGCCUCCCAAACCGCCCUUUCUACCAUCCUCACCUCCCUCUCCCCCACCUACUCCCCACCUUCUCAGUACCCCGCCACUGGAGCCUUGACGGCGACGACGGGGACCUUGUUGGGAAACCUGAGAACGGUCCCGCAGGCGAUGAGCGGGAUGUUUGGGUAUUACAUUGACGAUCUCAGGCCGCAGACCGCUUGGGGCGCAGCGGCGGUCUUUGAAGCUGGGGAUAUUUACUACCUGAUCUUCGCCUUCCACCUGGCCCUGUGGCAUUUCCUCGGAAGAUCCGGCUCGGGAUUGCAAAACAAGUUGAAAUUGAAGAGCUUGAUAGGGUUGAGGUUGUUGGUACCCGGGUUCUUCUACUUUUGGAUGGCUCUCUGGUAUACCUGCAUCAUUGCCGCUUUCAGGGUCCCGUUCGAUAACACCGUCGGAAGAGCCGGCUUCGUCGUCGACUGGGCUUUGAACUAUGUGACCCUCUUGGCGCUCGGAUUGGCGUUCGAGACGAUGAUUUCCAUCCUCACUGCAAAGUUCUUGCCAUUGUUCUUGAUCGUCUGGAUCAUCCUCAAUAUCACCUCCUCUUUCCAGCCCUUGGUCGUCCUCGACCCAUUCUACAAGUGGUUCGUCAUCUUCCCGUUCUACCACCACGUCAUGGCCAGCAAGAUCCUCUUUUUCAACACGGCUCCAGCUCAUAAACUCGGUCUCCACUUUGGAGCCCUGUUCGGUGUCAUCGGGGUGCAUCUGAUCUGUCUGCCGACGGCUGUAUGGUUUGAACGGUGGAGGGACGAGAGGAGCGCGAGGAAGGAAGAGGAGAAGAAGCGAGAGGAGAAUGAGAAGAAGGGCGAACAGGAUCGAGGCGAAGAGGGUGAGAGGCAGUAAGAUCCGCGUGGCGAGGAAGAGAGAGGAAGGAAUACUGUAUCAGCGUAUCACAAGGCCAGAUCGCGUUCGUUUGUGUAACUUUGCAUCUCCAGAUAUUAUAAUUCACAGAAU